CACGGCGGCCACGUGAUCUUUAAACCACGCCCUUCAGUUUGCUCGUUGACGUCACGUCAUUUCACUCCCAUCGUGCCCCGCUACAGCCAUCAUCUUGAAGUUCAGAGCAAGAUGGCGGAUAAACCAGUAGCCCUGGCCCAGAAGAGGCUUUUGGACGUCAAGCUCGGAGAACUGCCAUCAUGGUUUGGAACAAGAGACUUCACCCCAAACGGACUUAUUGGUGGUGUUCGAGGAGGAUAUGAGAGAUAUUACAACAAAUACAUCAAUGUGAGGAAAGGUGGCAUUGGUGGAGUUGCCAUGUUCCUUGCUGGUUACAUUGCCCUGAGCUACCUCUGGGAAUACGAUCACAUCAAGCACGACAGGUGGAGGAAGUACCACUGAAACCCACUGGACCACCAGGGCACUCAAAUAUUUUGUCUGCAGCAGUGUUAUCAUCAUACUCCAGCUUUCUCUGUUUGUGACCAAGAAUAAAAUGACAUUCAUUUAA